AUGAGCCUUCCGUGUGCCUGGUGGGUCGCCGUGAUGUGGGCAGUGCCCAGGAUUCAUGGCUUGCGCCCAUCUGUGGACUACAACACCUCUCGCUCGGAUGUUUGCUGUUGCAAAGAGUUCGGCGACAAUUUCGAGUUCCAUGACACCAAGCAGAUUUACCCAUACUGCCAAGCUUUGAAAACGUUCAGGAGUGACCGGCCCUUCUGGUACUACCCGGCCAGAGGCGGAAUUCUCAAAGCAAAGUGCUGUUGGACCAGCGGUUGGUCCUGCAGCGCUACCGGAGACCACGACAACGCCGGGACGGAAGUUUCCUCCGAGAACCAGGCGGCGAGCUGCCCGUACCAAGGUACCCCCGAAGGAACGGUGGAGGUUCCGGACACCUGGGAGGAAGUGAAGGGGAGCUGCUGUUGCAAGCAGGGGGUCCUUGAGGGCGUGUGCGCCACUUGGAAGAAUGUACGAGGAGUAGACCGGCCCUUCUGGUUCUAUUCCGGUGGCUACGGUAAGCCCGGCGAGUGCUGUUGGGCAGGUGAUAUGACCUGCUUGCCCACGUUCGAUAUUUUCGGGUCUGACGGAAAUGGUGGCGACAAGGUUUCUGGCGAUGCUCGGAGGGAGAGGAAGUGCCCAUCUUUGAUUCCGCACGGAACCUUGAAGCCUGCUCAGCCGAAUGACGAGUACAACAAGAUCAUGUCAGGGUUCAGGCUGAAGAUCGCGAAGCUGCUCGUCGGCAAGGCGAUCUCGUUUGCGUGGGGGUCGGCCGAUGCAAAUGAACUGAUCAAUGAGAAUGUGGUGGAUACCGUGGACCUCUCCAAAAAGGCCGCUGACAAGGCCUCCGAAGCUCUCUCCGACAAGGAAAAGGCGAAGAGGGGUCCGGUGAAGCUGACUGCAGCAAUCCUGGGGCAGGGUGUCUUCGAGCCAAGGCCUACUUCGGUGUGCAAGGAAUUCCGGUACUGCUACGAUGGUCCGGAAACCUCACAAACAGCCAGAACGCAGAAGAUGUGGGAUGCCACCGGCUAUGUCACUGGCGAGGUGUGGUUUGAUUGGAUUCACGUCGUACCAGUACCCAGCCAGGGCCACUGCCUCUGGGUGGUCCGGAGGAACGUCGACCCGGUGGGUGAACUUCGGCAAGAAGCCAACAAGUUUGCAGGCUACUUUGAGUCUGAAACGAGUGCCCCGGGCCUCUGA